GCACUGCCAGGAAAAAAACGUGUGGUCAAAGGUGAUGAGUCAAAUGUCAAGAUGCUUUUUAUUUCCUUUCCCGGGUAAACCGUAAAACAUAGCAUUGACGUUUGCCGGACGUUUCCACUCUGUUGAUAAGUGUUAAAUAUCAGGUUUGGCUCACUAAAUUAAAUCACUUUUGACAUGGAAAUAUAUAGAGAGUCAAAGUCAUUUGAGUAUAGUGAGGAUAGUGAAUCUGAGAGCAGUUCAGAUGACGAUGAUGGAUUGUCAUGGAAACGACGAAAACAUGAUGCUGUUUCAGUGACUGCUGUUAACAAUAAUGACAACGUAGAUAAAACUAAUGGACAGAAUGGGCUAGGUACUGAAGAAUCUACAACACAAUGUGUAGGAAAAUCAUCAAAAAAAAGAAACAAUAUUUGGGCCAAAGUGAUACAAGGGCAAGAACAGCAAGGUGUUGAGUUCCAAAUUGAUAAUUUUAAUAUGGAUCCUUCCGUGUCUCUAACAGACAGGGAGGUUGAAACUUACAACUACAAAAAACAUAGAGAGCAUGAGAGACAUGGAUCACGUGGUGGACAUUACGAUGACAGAGACAAUUAUAACGAAGAACGAGACAGGGAACACGUACAUCGAGGUGAUAGACAUCGUGGAAAACGCAAAAGAAGUGCUAAAGACAGGCUAGGUCGUAGUUCACACAUCAGAGAGAGGCUAGGGAGAAAGCCCAAUGUCAGAGACCGACUUGGUGAAAGAAAAAAUCCAUAUAGCAUUCCCAUUAGGGUUAACGAAGACGAUGAUCCGGAAACUGUUGCUAAAGCAAUUAUUGAGAGACUACGAGAGCAGAAAGGCGACUUAAUACGCAGAAUUACUGAAAUCGUUGGCAAUAAAACUGCCUUGCAGCUGUUACACGAAACUGAAGAUGUAGAACAAGCUGGUGGAUUAAUGACACAGGAUGGUAAGAGACGACGACAACCAGGUGGUGUUUAUUUAACGUUAUUGAAAGCUAGCAAGAAUGUGACGAAGGAACAGUUGGAUGAAAUCAACUCCUGUAGUAAAAAAAUGGAGAAUGCUAACAAAAAGAAAGCUGAGAAGCGGAGAAAAUUCCUGAAAGCGUUGAGACGAAAACAGGAACAAACUCCAGAUGAUCCAGUUCAAUGUGGUGAAGGGGAAAGUAGUAUUAUAGAGGAGAAAAUAUCAGAGACCUAAUAUUAUUUGCAAAUCAAAUAUGAGUUAUUUUAUUUUUUUUAAGAAAGUAUUGAGAAUGUAGGGUUGGAUUACCCAGCAAAUUUCAUGCAUGUUUUUUUCAUUAACGUCUGAAUAUAUGAAAUCACAUCAUUUUGACUUUUACACACGAACACAAAUUUUACUGAAAAGAAUAAAACACAGUAUGCUCCACUAACACCAUACACACUAUGACAUUUCUUUUUUUUUUAAGACUACAUUCAUCUUUAUUACUAGUACAAAUGAAAUAUUUUUGUUUUGAAUUAGUCUCAUUCACAUUCAGAUGAGGCUUGAUGAUUGGAUUGGCCUGGCAGGCACGUCCCUCUAUUCUGCUAAUUAUUCAUUUGAUAUGCAUGGCAAUAGGUUAUUAUCCCCAUCGCAUGCAUUUAAUUAGUUAACAUUGGUGUUUCCAUGACAACGAAAUCAACAUUUUUGUGUUACCCUGGUACAUGCAAUGUUACCCCAAAGCAAAUUUGAGACCCAAAAGUACAAAAUCCAUAAUUUAAAAAAAAAAAUGUUCAACAUCAACAAAAUAAGCCCUUAUACUAAUACAUACUGAUAACACAUAUGAAAUGUUUGUACUUUUAUAAUAUA